AUGUACAAAGAUCUGGUCCAAAGUCGCAAUCCUAGCGGAGCACUCGAAGCCGGAACACCUUCUCUCAGAACCGCAGACGCCCUCGUGACCCUCACCGACUUCUUUGCCGAGCUUGUUCUAUGCUAUCGACUAUGGACCAUCUGGGACAAUAAUUACUACAUCAUCAUCAUCCCACUACUCAUAUCAUUCGCCUUCGUCUCCUGCGCCAUGGCUACGAUUGGAAUACUGGUAUCAACCCCGUCAGCCGCCAUCGUGCCUAAGUCAUUGGUUCCGCUUGGAACAUCGGCAUUCGCUAUCCCGCUCUGCUUCAACUUCAUCGUCACCGGCCUGAUCAUCGGCCGCAUCUGGUGGAAGGGCAGGUCCAGCCACGGAAAUAUAGGCCGUGCGGGCGGAGUGGUCAUGCUUCCGCCGACAUACCUUAAAGCUGCGACGGUGGUCGUAAUCGAGUCCGGUCUGGUCUACCUGGUAGUCCAGUUCGUCCUCACGGUGCUCUUCGCGAUCAACCAUCCUGCCCAGAUCAUGCUUGCAGAUAUAGCGACCCAGAUAUAUGGGAUCGCACCAACAAUGAUCUUCGUGCGAGUCGGAUUGGGUGACUCGACGCGCGCUAACUUGUCGUCUGUGCCAUCCGAGAGACUCCGGGGCAUCCGCAUGCCACGCUCGCCUGGACGGUCCACCGGCCAGGGCAGUUUAUCAAAUAACCUGUCGCCAAUGUCCGUAUCCAUCCCGUUCACGAAGACCGUCAACGUGCACAGAGACGGCAGCGAGAUGAAGGCAGGAGGUGACGACUGGGAUCAGACCUACGGGAUGCAUCGUGUAGCUAGGGAACUCUCCGUCUAG